UUCAGUUGUUUGUUAAUUUUUGUUUACGUUUUCAUUUCGUACGAACUAAAGUGCCGAAAUAGUGAAAUUAUCAUGAAUUACAGUUUAAACGAGUCACGUUCCUCACAUCCUUCGUCAGUCCAAGUCGAAACUCUGAUCGAGUUCUUGGAGAGAAACCCUGGCUUGGCGAAGGGUUUCCUGAGAACCCAAUGUGCUAGAGAAAGAGCUAAACGACAGUGGGACGAAAUAGUCACACGCCUAAAUUGUUUGGAAGGCACUACAAAAAGUUACAAACAAUGGACCAAGUAUUGGUCUGACAAAAAAAGUGCCACAAAAAAAAAAGUAGCAGCAUGGACUGCUUCUAAGCGUUUGACUGAUGGAUCGGUUGAGGAGGAGAUGGAGCUUUCAGAACUUGAAAAACGGAUAGUUGCUUUAAGUAGUGAUGAAAGAUUAUCCAAAGGAGAUGCUAAUAUAGCUGUAAAGCCAUUUGCGAAAAUCUAUCUGUCGCCAUCAGAUCAUGAAACACAAAAUAUGAGCACUGACAAUGGUGCUGACAUGAGCGUUGACAUAGGCGCUGAGGAGAUAAUCGAUAGUCAAGAACAAAGUAUCAAAUCUGAAGAUAGUAUUGUAGAAGAAAGACUGCUUGACAGCCCUUUUAGUUCAACUACCGAAAUUGAAACGAGCCAAAACAUUUUACAGGAUCGACUGUCAGAAACAGCCGCAGAAACUGACAAUAGCUGUCAUCCUAGCCUGUCCCCUCCACCGAUAACUCUUUCCCGAACACCCAGCCCAGUUCCCACGCCCAGUCCAGAACCCACGCCCACUCCAGAACCCACGCCCACUCCUUGUCCUUCACGCCGCGGUUUCACCAAAGUGGUUCGUCGUAGUAACACUGCUUCUUCAUCGCUUCGAGACCAACAUUUGGCAAGUGCUGAGAAGAAGCGCCGCAACAAACACUGUCUACAUUGUAACCACUGCCAGCACUGCAACCACUGUCCGCCGGUUGAAAUAAAUGGAAAUAACGCAACACGUCAAGUGAAAAUGUCACGGUCGAAGCCAAUAUCUUCCCAUUCCCGCCGCACCAGAACUCAUGCGAGGCGAGAACCCGAAUCUGUAUCAACACGUCACGUGAACAUAUCACGGUCUAAGCCAAAGUCUUCCCAUUCCGACCGCACCAGAGCUCAUGCGAGUCGAGAACCCGAAUCUGUAUUAUUACGUAACACAGCUCCUUCACCGUCUCAACGGCCAACGGUAUUCUCAAUGCUUACUGAGAGAUUCCUAAGGGUGGAAGAACAACAAGUGGAGAUCCAGAGAUCUUUCGCGCAAAUCCUGAAGACAUACGUGGAACGUCAUGCGGAAAGAGAAUUGAUUCUGGCCGAAGCUGUGACUGCAAUGGGAGAUGGGUUGCAAGCUUUGGCAGAGGCAAUAAAAAGAGAUCAGAGAUAA